AUGUGGUGCUCUAUGAACCCAGAAAUCGAGCCGAAUUUCUCGACGAGCGCCCGCAAGCCAUCCCUAGCAUUGGGAAGAAAGAAGUACAUGGAGAAAUCCCGGGUUAGCUUUAGAACCUUAAAAUCGUCAAAGGCGAGCGCAAAUUGGCCCUUGGAGCUGGUCAUGAAGGGCACACGGACCGAACUUCCGUUCAAGAGGAAAAAGUCUUGGACUUGGGUUUUAGACGGGUUGAAUUUUGAAGCCCAGACUCCUUUGAAGAUGAGCAUAGUCGUACUAGUGACUGAGCCGGGUGGGAGCAGAUUUUUUAUCACACCAUUUGUUUUCGCCUCGGCCCAAGCAUUCACUGCUUCUCUUGCCACAUUAAACUGA